AUGAAGAAGGUAAUUCUCGACAAGGUUCGAUGUCCAUCACCAACCACUCAUUGUACCACCACUCUCUUGCAUACCUCUGGUGAAAUUUUGCCUUUCCCAUCCUCCUCCUCCUCCACAACUGUCAUUUCAACCUCCUCUUCAUCACCUUUGGCAUGUUCAUCAUCAUCCUCUCCAACCGAAGCGACCACAACAAGGUCAAGCCUUAAUUCACCACCAACACCACUCAGCAUGCUGACAAGCCUUUCAUUCUCCGCAGAACCCGCCAACAAUUCUUCUCUCACCACAACGGACAUGCCGCCAAUUCCUAUUGCCGCUCGUCGAAACAUGCAACCGUCCUCUUCCAACACUUCCAUGUUGACGACUACUGUUCUCUUAAUGCAAGGCUCAUCGAUGGAUCUCAUGAUGAAUGAUGGUGGCUUCAAUGAAACAACUAGUCUUGGCACUACUACCACCUUACUCAAUACUACUCAAGAAGCCUCUUCGAAACAAGCUGUGCGCACUCGAAAGAUCCUGAAGAGAUCCUCACCCACAACCAACAACUCCUCUUCUUCUUCUUCUUCUGUAACUUCUCAUCCCAACAAUCCAACCGUCAUUAGUAUUCAUCUCUCUCCAAGUACCCCUAAAGGAGCUAUUCAUGAAUCUGCAGAGGAAAGUUACAACAUGGAUGAGGAACAAGAUGAUGCUCGUGAUGCAUCCUCUCACGAUGAAAAGGAUGCUGAUUUUGUGUUGGAUCAAAUGGAUGAGACUGAUGAAGAAGAUGCAGACGAUGAUGAUGAAUUGGAAUUAAUGAUGGACGAUGAUGAUGAAGAGUAUACUACUACCACGACACGUUCUACUAAGGCUAAAAAGCAACAACAAAAGAAGAAGAAGAAGAAGAAGCAAACUUCAAGCAAGAGAGGAAAGAAAUCAGCAUCUUCUCCAGCAGCAAGUUCGACUACUACUACUACUACUACAUCUACUACUACUACUACUACAACUAUGCACAACAACACUCCAGCACAGAAUAUUGACACAUUGGAUGCUUCUCAAACCACUCAAAGCAUGUGCUGCCUUAAAGGAUGUGAUCAUCCCAUUAGUAAUCGAUUAAGAUUCUCAUUGAGAGUGUGCAGUGAAGAUGACUUUAAGAGUGAUUAUGUACAAAGAGGCUUCAAUUGGGUGUGUAAUUAUCACUACUUCCAUGAUUUGUACUUGUACAAGAAGAAUCAAAAGGGAGAUUCCAAUGCAACCGUUUCUAACCGAAAGAGAAAGUCAAGUAGUUGCACCAAGAAAAAGAUUGCCUCGAACUCGUCGUCGAACAGUUCAACGAGUACAGCGAAUGCCAAUUCCACUACAACAGCCACCACCACCACCACCACCACUACUACUACCUCUGUAGAGAAUGUUAACACUGCCUCAGUGCAGCAAGCAACCACCAACUUGGAACCAUCGAGUGCUCUCUUGCAAAUUGUUUCAGCCUCUCUCGAAGAAGCUAAUACUCCUAAUGGUUCGGAAUUGAGUCAACUCUUACAACCAUCACUCUCUUCUGAACCUCAAGAUGCUGCAAAUAAGAGAAAGAGAUCAAACUCGAAUGCAUCUUCUCCAAGCAAGAAGAAGAAACAACACAAUGUUGGUGGAGCUGUAUUGAACACUUCCACAAACAUUUCACUCUCUGGAACCAGUGCACCUGCAAUUACACUUUCCUCAACGAUCCUCUCAAUGUCUCCUGCGACCUCACAAAAGACCAUUUCACCAACCAAACCAGAAAGAAAGAAAUCUUCUCCAAAGAAACCUUUGAAGAUUGAUGUCUCUGCUAAUACUCUUCAAGUAGUACCAUCAAACAAUAUGUUUGUGCAACCAUCACCUGUGCACACCGAUGAUGUGAUUGCACUCAUUAACUUUGUAUCUCAUGCAAAUCAAUAA